CUGCAUUUUCUUUUCCAGCUUACUUCAAUUAUUCAACAAAAAAACAUUUCCGAAACAAUAACAAACUCCCACGAUCUCUUCUCACCCCCCUAUAUUCUCUCCCUCAAAACAGCGUCGUUGUUCCAUCUUCCAAAUUUCAUCCGUCAUGACUAACAACCACCACCACGCCGUCGAUGACUUAUUCUCAUCCUUAAACUCAUCCCCGUCAACUCCUCAGCUGAAUUCCGGCAACAAUUCUCCCAAUUUAAUCAAUUUCGACGAUGAAGCUGAUUUCAGUUACCAUAAUUACACAACUGCCACUACUAAUCCUAAUACUAAUACUAAUAAACCGCUUAUGGUUUUCGAUCGGUUUUACGAUUCAUCUUCCGAUGACGGCGGAGCUACCGGAAGUGCCGGCGGCGAUAACUUGCUAGUUCAGGCGGCCGGAAAUCGGUUAGAUUAUAUGAUGCAGUAUUUAGAUAAGAAAUUAUUGACAGUUGAUGAAAAGGAUAAUGAUAUUGAUGUUAAACAAGCGUUGCCGGAGUUUAUAGGUAGUGGUGGAGGGUUAGGAAUGUUUAAGUUACCGUUUCGAGGCUCGGUGCAUCCGAAUCGGCCACCGAACAUCGAAUUUAGGCCGCAUCCGUUUAAAGAGACACAAGUUGGGUGCUUUUUGAGGUUAUUAAAAGGGAACGGGGACGGGAGGCAAUUAUGGGCAGGAUCAGAGUGUGGUGUAAGGGUUUGGGAUGCUAAGGAUAUGUAUAAUGAAGGGGAAGUGGAAGUGCGCUUUAGUGAGUCGGUUAAGACUUCGCCGACAUUGUGUUUAGUUGUUGAUGAUGGGAAUAAGGUGGUGUGGAGUGGACAUAAGGAUGGGAAGAUUAGGUGUUGGAAAAUGUUGGAAGUUUUUGAUGAAGGUGAUGAUUGUUUUAAAGAGUGUGUUUCGUGGCAGGCGCAUCGUGGACCUGUGCUAUCCAUGGUUGUUUCGUCUUAUGGUGAUCUAUGGUCUGGAUCUGAGGGUGGUUCAAUAGUUGUGUGGCCAUGGGAAUCACUGGAAAAAGCUUACAUGCUGACAAAAGAGGAGAAACAUAUGUCAUCUCUGGUAAUUGAGAGGUCAUACAUCGAUCUCAAGAACCAAGUCACCACAAAAGGCAUCUCCUGUAGUGUGCUUACAGCGGACGUUAAAUAUCUGUUGUCUGAUCAUUCAGGGGCAAAAGUUUGGAGUGCAGGACCUCUAUCAUUUGCAUUAUGGGAUGCAUAUACAAGGGAGUUGUUGAAAGUGUUCAAUAUCGAUGGUCUUGCUGAAAAUUUGACAGUAAUACAGGAUCUCACUGCAGAAGAAGAGGCAAAGAUGAAAUUUGCAUCUUAUCCUAAGAAAGAAAAAGCACCAAGCUCAAUGAGUUUCUUCCAGCGUUCACGUAAUGCAAUAAUGGGAGCAGCUGAUGCUGUUCUUCGAGUUGCUGCGAAAGGGGCUUUUGGUGAUGAUAUUCGUAGAACUGAAUCAUUGAUCAUAACAAUUGAUGGAACCGUUUGGACUGGAUCUGCAAAUGGACUAAUAGUGAAGUGGGAUACAAAUGGAAACCGAUUGCAAGAUUUCCAGUAUCACUCAUACGCUAUUCGUUGCUUAUGUACAUUUGGGUUACGUGUAUGGGUCGGGUAUGCGAGUGGGACCCUACAUGUAUUGGAUCUUGAGGGUAAUUUGCUUGGUGAGUGGGUUGCUCAUCGCAGUUCUAUCAUUGAUAUGGCUGUGGGGUCUGGUUAUAUCUUUACAUUGGCGAAUGAUGGUGGCAUACGUGGAUGGAGUAUAUCGUCUCCAGGGCCUCUAGACAAAUUAUUACGUGCAGAGUUAUCUGUCAAAGAAUUAGAGUACACAAGACUUGAACAUUUUAAAAUUUUGGCUGGUACAUGGAAUGUUGCCGAAGGAAGAGCCACACAUGAUUCACUUAUAUCCUGGCUGGGGUCUGCAGCCAAAGAUGUUGAUAUUGUUGCUGUUGGCUUACAGGAGGUUGAAAUGGGUGCUGGGUUUCUUGCAAUGUCUGCUGCUAGAGAAAGUAUGCAGCUAGGUCUUGAGGGAAGUAAUGCGGGGCAGUGGUGGCUGGACAUGAUUGGCAGAACCCUGGACGAAGGUUCUAGUUAUCAUCGUGUUGGUUCAAGACAGUUGGCAGGCAUGCUUAUUGCAGUGUGGGUCAGCAAUAAUAUUAGAGGUAAUGUUGGAGAUAUUGAUGUUGCAGCAGUUCCAUGUGGAUUUGGAAAAGCUAUUGGUAAUAAGGGAGGAGUUGGUUUAAGGAUGAGAAUCUAUGGGCGGGUUAUAUGUUUCGUGAAUUGUCACUUUGCUGCACACCUGGACGCUGUUAAUCGUCGUAAUGCUGAUUUUGAUCAUGUAUACAAGACAAUGUCCUUCAGUCGGUCACCGAAUAUUGUGAAUGCAUCAUCUGCAGGAGUCUCAUCUGCAAUCCAAAUGCCCCGUGUUGUAAAUGCUUUGGGUGCUCUGUCUAUGGAUGAGUCGCCAGAGCUAUCUGAGGCAGACAUGGUUGUGUUUUUAGGCGACUUCAAUUAUCGGCUCGAUGAUAUAUCGUAUGAUGAAGCACGGGAUUUUAUCUCUCAAAGAAGCUUUGAUUGGCUCAGGGAGAAGGAUCAGCUGCAUAUUGAAAUGAAAGCUGGAAGUGUUUUUCAAGGAAUGCGUGAAGCUAUUAUUACUUUUCCCCCCACCUACAAAUUUGAAAGGCAUCAAGCUGGUUUAGCAGGGUAUGAUUCUGGUGAAAAAAAGCGAAUCCCUGCAUGGUGUGAUCGAGUCUUGUAUCGUGACAGCCGUCCAGAUUCAUCAGACACAUGCAAUUUAAACUGUCCUGUAGUUUCUUCUGUUAUACAGUAUGAGGCUUGUAUGGAUGUGACAGAUAGUGAUCAUAAGCCUGUGCGUUGCAUCUUUAACGUGGAACUGGCUCGAGUAGAUGAGUCAAGAAGAAGAAAAAUAUUUGGAGAAGUUAUCAAAUCUAAUAAAAAAAUUAGGAGUAUUCUUGAAGAACAGUGCAAUGUUCCAGAAGCUAUUCCCAGUACGAACAAUAUAAUUCUUCAUGACAGGGAUUCAUCAGUCUUGAGGAUUACCAAUAAAUGCGGGGAAGAUGAAGCUCUGUUUAAAGUUAUAUGUGAAGGCCAGUGUACUAUUAAAGAUGGAAAACAGGCUUCCAGUCACCGUCCAAGAGGUUCUUAUGGCUUUCCACGAUGGCUUGAGGUCAAGCCAACAGUGGGUAUAAUAGAGCCAAAUCAUAUUGUAGAGAUAUCAGUUCAUCACCAAGGAUAUGAAACCCUAGAGGAAUAUGUAGAUGGUGCUCCGCAAAACUGCUGGUGCGAAGACGUUCGUGAUAAGGAAGUUAUGUUGAUGGUUGAAGUGAGGGGCAGCUGUACAACAGAAACAAAAUGUCACAGAGUUCGUGUGCGCCAUACCCACAGCUUUUCAGAGAGGUCAAUGCCUAUGGAGCAGAAACCUGAUAAUUCAGCCCGUGUCCAUGCAAAUGUACUUCACCGUUCUGAUAUCAAGUGGUUGACUGGUUCACGUGAUGUUGUUGACCAUUUACGCGAUCUGCAUACUCCUUAAGAGUUAUCUGGCUUAGUUAUUCACAAGAUGAGGUGAUCAUCUUCCUGAUCUCGAUAUAUAUUCAUUUUGACAAGAGAAUGAUUCUUAUACGUUGUCCAGGUCUCCAGAAGAGGGCAUGGUUAUUGAGAGUUUUUUUUGCCUCGAGUAUAAGUGUUAAUUAUGUGUUCAUAACUUUUUUUUUUCUCGGCUUUUGGGUGGAUGGGAUGGGGAUGGGUAUGUGAUGUAUUACUUAUUAAGGUUAGAAGUCGAAUGUUGUUAAGUCUUGGGUUACUUGGGUUUUGUAUAUAUAAUCUUUAUAAAGUCUGGUAUACUGAGAUCAUAAUGGCAAAUAUUUGUGCAAGAAAUAUCAAGUGUUUUAUUUCUCAAA